GAAUUGCAGGCCGUCAAGUGUCGCAGAAGUAGGCUGUCCCUCCCGUAAUUUGGCAAAUCCGCCUUUGCUCUGCUGAUUAUUUGAUGACAAACCGCCCAGGAAGAAUCCUGGGGGUGGAGGAGAGAAAGAUGGAAAAAUACAGAACGUUUAAGUCUCGAAACUGGGCGCCUCCCUGCCAGCCCAGGGCCAGCUGUUCUCAGUGCUGCAGGCGCGGCCGCUUCGGGGCCGUAGAGACCCAAACGGCCCCUUUGCGCCCGGGGCCCAUGAUGGCUGCAGGACCCACGGCGCUUUCUCACUGUUCCUUGUCCUCUCCAGGGACGCCCCAGCAUGAAGCUGAACGAACGAAGCCUCUCUUUCUACGCCACCUCCGGCUCCCCCGCCGACAGCGCCGGCUUCCUGCACAAGAAGGGCGAACGCCACGUGGCCUCCCACCGGCGCUGGUUCGUGCUGAAGGGGAACAUGCUCUUCUACUUCGAGGGCCAGGAGAGCCGGGAGCCGGUGGGGGUCAUCAUCCUGGAGGGCUGCACGGUGGAGCUCUGCGAGGCGACUGAGGAAUUUGCCUUCGCCAUCAAAUUCGACGGCCCCAAGUCACGCACCUACGUCCUGGCGGCCGAGAGCCAGCCCGCCAUGGAGGCCUGGGUGAAGGCUCUCUCCAGGGCCAGCUUCGGCUACCUGCGCCUGGUGGUGAGAGAGCUGGAGAAGCAGCUGGAGGAGGUGCAGCAGGCCUUGCCCGGCCCCCACCAAGGCCAGAGACGGCAGCUGCUUUAUCGGAAAAACAAAACGGCUCCCAAUUUGGGACUGGCUGCUCUGGGCUCGGCCCCGCCGCAGAAGCCGGCGCUCCCCAUUUGCAUCCCCGGGAAGGAGAACGGCUGCGCGUUGUGGAAUAACUCGGAACCCUCCGCCAGCCUGUCGUCCGGAGGCAGCCAGGCCCGUUCCUGCAGCGGGGCCAAGAGCUACGACGGAGGGCUCAAGCCGCCGCCCUUACCGCCUCGCAGACGGUCCCUUCCGAGCAACUCCUGCGGGGCUGGCAGCCCGAGCUUCGACAGCCCCCCGUAUCCUCGCGCAAUGUGUUUUUCCAAACUCCACGAUGGGUAUGGCAAGGAGAUCCUUGAGUUGCAAAGGGCGUGGCUGGUGGGCCACAAGGAUAGCGGCCUUUGAACCCCCCCAGGGUGGAGAGGAUCUUCCUGGAAAAACUCAACCAGGCUGAAACUCAGCCAAGCUUGAAAACCCACCACCGCGGCCUCCUCUGACUCAAGCUGAGCUGCUGGAAACUGUUUUCAGUCUACUGAAAAUACACCCCAUUUCCUUUGUGUUGCUGCCUGGUUCAUGGAAAAGUCGUGGCUGGUGCCAGCUCAAAUCCUCCCAUCGCCUCCGGUAGUCACCCCCAGAUUUAGCUUUUGCUCCUCUGGUCUUACACCUCCCUCGACAGGAACAGUUUCCAAGUUCCUAGAAAACCCCAGCGUUAAGGCAUCCCGAGGAGGUUUUGAUUUGUUGGAAAUAAGAAGGGUUUCCUCUGAACACCUUUGCCGCCCCCAGCAGGCAGACUCACGGGAGUGAGGUGGGAGCCUCUUUCCAUCACUGGAUGCCUGGAGGGCUUUUGCAGUUAAACCUUUUUCCCUGCUAACUGAUCAAGUUGCCGGGCGGCUUCCAGCCACUGACAAACCCUUGACAAUCCAUAGUUGGGCACGCAGGAGCCCUUGAUUACGGGGCAAGAGAAAAGCCGUUCGUGGCAGGAUCCAAAUCUUCGCAAGGCAAUUGAUUCAGCUUGGCCCAGUGCCCAGGUUCUGAAUGGAAACGAGAGAGCUGCAAGGCCCUGCCUGUUUCUUAAAUUAGGGCAGGAGGAAUUUGGAGAGCGCCAAAGUCACGGUCUGGGGCUGUUACGUGGAAUUGGGCUGAGUGUGGCUUUGGGCAUGUCGAGAAUCCCAGGGUACAAAUCAGAUGGAAGGAAGGUUGGUUGGUUGGUGGCCCUAGCUAGCAUCCUUCCCCCAGUCUUGCGGUUAUUGUCUAUUUAUUUCUGAAUUACUCCCAUUUGGAGCAAGGGUAGGUCUACGCUAGAGUUAUAAUUGAGUAGGACCACUAAUGCUCUGGGAGAAGCAGCCACAGAGAGCUUGAAGUAAAGGAACAGGCACAUUUGCAGCUUUAAAUCCAUUUGUAACCUGCUUGGGAUAUGCAGGGCGCUGAUAUGUUAUGGAGUUACAGAGAAAGCUCUGUUUCCUUGCGCAGGAAGGUGUCCUGGCACUGCCCGGGCAGUGAAAUGGAGAAAUUCCACACUCGGUUUCCUCCGCCUUGCCCUCUGCCAGCCCCUUUACCUGAUUGUGAGUCACCUCUCAUGUGCGAAGGACUGGUAACGUCUGCCAGCUCUUGCAGCAGUUGUCCCACGGUCACUGUUCCUGUUUUACAGUUUGAAAACAGAGCUGGGGAGAGGGAUUUGUCCCCAUUGCACAAAAGGGCGGGUCAGCGUACCACGGACCUGCAGACAAGGCAAGGAAUAGGGCCAGACCCUGCUCGGCCAUCAUGGCUUGACUACGGAAUAGCGGGCUGGGAGUUGUAGUUUGAUCUGUCCGCAGGGUAGCGAGUUGGGGGAAGUUGGUGUCUAAUUAGCUCUGUGGUUCUCCAGCCAACCACAAAGUCAUUGGGUUGCAAAGUGCAAUUGCUCUUUGUUGGUUCGACGUGGGUGUUACAAGGUUAAAAUGGAAGUGAAGUGGGGGAACUUGGUCCUUGAGCUGCUUGUGAACGGCCUCCAGAAUCAACCUGGUUUUGGGGAGCGUCUUCCUGCCUUUAGAAACCGGGGCACUCAAAAGGCCCUGGCUUUGUGCCCGCCUCCUGCUCGGUCCUUCGGAAAACACAAUCCUUCAGCAGAGCAGCCCAAGAGAAAAUUUCCUGGGAAGCAGUCAGGGAAAGCAGAAGGGCCCUUUGCUUGUGAAAGCAGAGCUCGGGAGGGGGAGGUGGAAGGCAGAGAACAAGCGCUUGGCUGCCCCCACCUCUGAGAAGGAUGGAAACCGCCUGGACUGUGAGCAGAGGGCUGGUCUCCGAAAUGCCGGCUCUUCAGCUUUGAAACGGAGAUUAGCACCGCCCCCUAGAGUCGGACACGACUGGACUUAAUGUCAAGGGAAACCUUUACCUUUUAAGGCAACAGCAGAGCUGGCAAUUUGCAAAGGGUGAGGUACUGCCUGCCCCCCAGGAAGGACACUCUGUGUUCACGCUCACACUUUUCUUCUUUGCACACCAUAAUGGUGCCACCACAGAUACGUGUAAGAAAUCUGGACGGUAGAAUUGCUGCUGAUUUAAGGGCCUUUUUGGCCUGGCAGCUACCCUCUCUAAGUUAGCCUUUCCCAACCUGAUGCCUCCUGAACUUGCUGGGUUACAAUGUCCAGAAUUCCCACCCACAGGUCGGGAAAGCCUCUUCUGUGGAGGAUAAGGGGUGUCCAACGUUCUUCGAAAGGCCACAGUUCAGGAAGCCAUUUCCGUUUCAGAUGAAAACCACAAAAGCAACUCAUAUGCUGUUGAUCAGAAAUGGCUUCCGGGUUCCUGGAACGAGUGUUGCAAGGGAAGAGGCUGUGUGCCCUAGCGGGCCGAGUGGGUUGCAAUCUUGCCACAUCAGAGGAUUCCCCGAGAGUUUUCAUGAGGUUCAUAUGUGCUUGUUCAUGGCAACGGGUUGUACAGCCCUUGGAGUAGGGCAGAAGGACCACGUUUGCAGAGAAAACGGAGGACCAUGGAAAUGGUUGGGGUUGGUUGAUCACCUUUCCAGGAGAUCCUUCCCACCCAAUUUAGUUCAAUGAGGAGGACACUUCCACAAAAGAAAUUUAGUGCAUAGAGUUCAGUAUUCUGUAAAUUAGAAUUGGGACAACGUCAAGAGGGACCUUAGUUCAAAAAUUCCUGUUUGGCCAUGAAGGCCAUUGGGUGGUCACCAGCUUGUAGCCUGAACUAUCUUACAGGGUCGCUGGGAGGUUAGAAAUUGGAUGAUGAGGUCCAUGUACACAGCCUCAAUCUUCUUGAGGAAAUCAGGUACAUAGUUACAAUCAAGAAAUGAAGGAUCUGGAACAGGCCCCUUUUAGCAUUUUUCUUCCAAAACUGUAACAUCUUUUUGCCUAACCAUUGUAAGCAUUUUCUUACCUGGUACAGGAAUCCCUUGUUCAGACACAACCUGAAGGCUUACAAUGUAGGGAUAAAAGCAUGCCUUCCCUGGAAAAUGUGUUUUAUUCAUUCUGUGGGACAGGAGUGGACAAAGGCAGCCAUUAACUAUACAGCCAAAACUUUGAACACAAUAAACGGAGACAUCAAGCCGAGUUGUUAAAUAA